AGCAAAUGAACGCGGAAGCUGUUUUGAAUGGUCUUUGCUCAAUGUGGUCUACAAAAGAAGACUAAGUCCUUUAAAGUUUGCCAUCAUCAAGCAAAAAUGAAAUUUCGGUCGUCUGUUUUUGCCUCGUUGAUUUUAAUGUUUGAAGUCUUAGGGGUUGCUGUCUUCCUGAGGGGAUUUUUUCCUGUGCCUGUCACAUCCUCUGUGUCGUCCAAGAGCAGGCUGUCAGACCUGCCUUUGGAGCCGCUGUCAGGGAGCAAACCCAAUUCGUCCCGCAUCCCUCAGCCCUUGUUUAAAAGGGUGGUGAUCAUGUUAGUUGAUGGCUUGAGGGAGGACUUUGUUUUAGGAGCGAAUGGUCGCAUGUACAUGCCCUACACCAGACACCUGGUGGAGAGAGGUUCAACACUUAGCUUUGUGGCUAAAGCUAGGCCUCCGACUGUCACCAUGCCCAGGAUCAAGGCUCUUACCACUGGCAGUAUCCCAGCCUUCAUUGAUGUGGUGAUGAAUCUAAAUUCUCCGGCUUUGUUGGACGACAAUCUUAUUUGGCAAGCCAAAACGGCAGGGAAAAAAAUGAUCUUUUAUGGAGAUGACACAUGGCUACGCCUCUUUCCCAAACACUUUAUGGAGUAUGAUGGCGUUUCCUCCCUUUUUGUGUCUGACUACACUGAGGUUGACAACAAUGUGACCCGUCACUUAGAUAGCACCCUUAAGAGAGAUGACUGGGACAUUCUGAUCCUCCACUACCUUGGCCUGGACCAUAUUGGUCAUAUCAGCGGACCCCACAGUUCUCUCAUUCCGCGCAAACUGUUGGAAAUGGAUGACAUUCUGAAGAAAAUCCACGCUGCCCUCAUUUCAAAGGAGGCAGAAGGAUCUCUGCCUUAUCUGCUGGUUCUGUGUGGCGACCACGGGAUGUCAGAGACAGGAGGCCAUGGAGGCUCUUCAGAACCAGAGGUUAAUACGGCCCUGGUGCUCAUAAGCCCUGCCUUCAAGAGGAAAGUGGGGAUGGAGAAGCCUGGAGAAGUGGAGCAAGUUGAUGUGACUCCGACCCUGGCCUUGUCACUGGGCCUGCCCAUAUCUCAGAACAGCGUGGGUCAUGUCAUCCCUGGUGUUUUGGAAGAAAGCUCACUUCGAGACCAGCUGCGGUUCCUGCAUCUCAAUGGCCACCAGCUAAACUGCCUGCUCAAACACAGCAUUUCGGACUACGAGAAAGAGGCAGGCUUUGAACAGUACCGUAUGGCAGAGAAGGCACAUGGGAGCUGGAUGAAGCGCUACCUGGAGGGAAACACGUCAGAGGUGUUGACUAACAUGGGUAGAAAGGUCCUGAAGCAGUAUUUGGAGGCCCUGGCCACCAUGAGCGCAGCCCUCAGCAAACAUCAGGGAAUGUAUGACAUGUACUCCAUGAUUGCUGGAAUUGUCUUUGUAUUUCAGCUGCUGUUGGUCUUACUGUUGGCGAUGCCCCAAGCCCUGAGUGGCGCAGCAGCGGUGGACCUCCCGGUCGUCUCGUCCCUGCUCUCCCUGCCUUUCUACCUAUUGUGCCUGCUGCUGGCUUCUAUGCACGUAUUGGUGUGCACGUCCACUGAGAGCGCCUGCUACUUCUGCAGCUUCUCCUGGGGUGUAGUGUUUGCUGCUAUCGCUGUCUCUUCAGCAGUGUCUUGUACACUGCUCUCAAUGAUAACAAGACUACUCUCCCUGGGCCCAAAGUUUCAUGGGAAGUCUCCACUUCAGAGCAGUAGCAGUGAGUGGUCACUGUCAGAGCUGGAUGUUUUGCUGCUGGCGGGCACAACCGGUCAUACCCUCAGCUUGGCAUCCACCAGCUUCAUAGAGGAAGAACAUCAAACCUGGUACUUCCUGCUCAGCACUCUCUGCCUAGCAGUCUUCCAGGAUGUGUGUCGCAAGUACUUCAGAGAGAAGAGUGACUAUGGGGGUGAUGAAGAGUAUAUCAUUCCUUCCAAAGACUGUCCUCCUGGCUACCCCAAGGCAGAGGUUUACUCAGAGAAGUGGCUAGCUUUAGUCACGCCUCCCUUCACUCUGCUUUGCUGCCGGCUGCUGCGCUCCCUCAACCAGACUGGUGUGCAGUGGGCUCAUCUUUCUGAUGUCGGCCAUUGGCUUAACAGCGGUGAACACAGAGUGGUGCUGUCCCUGCUGGCUGCUUUUUGUUUGGUUCUUAUCUACUUCCUGAUCCAAAGACGAUGCUCGCUGGUGUCCAAGGUCGCCCUCGCCCUUGGACUUUUGGGGGUCUACAGCUACAGGGCAGCUGUCGGCAAUGUCUUGUUUCCUUGGCAGCAACCCGCUCAAGAUAUGUCCAAGGGCACCGUGGAAGCACGCUUUGUGUAUGUGUUCGUUUUGGGUAUCCUUUUCACGGGCACAAAGGACCUGUUGCGAUCCCAGAUCAUCACAGCUGAUUCCAAACUGAAGAACCGAGGCUUAUGGGAGAUUUACAGCGGCCUGGUCUUGUUGGUGUCACUGUUGUUCCGUGCCCACAACCUGCCAGUGCUGUGUUGCUGUCUACUGAUCCAAACACUUAUGGCUCAGUUCAUCUGGAAGAAGCUCCACUAUGAUGCAGCCCAGACCACCAUCAUGCACUACUGGUUCGGUCAGGCCUUCUUUUACUUUCAGGGCAAUUCCAACAACAUUACCACUGUUGAUGUCUCUGUUGGGCUUGUUGGUUUGGACCGCUACGUAGAAGCUCCUGCCAUCUUCUUAACAGCCCUCAGUACAUAUGCGGGGCCCCUGCUUUGGGCAUGCCACCUCAUCUGUUACCUCAGCUCAGAGAAAGACAGGAGUCCGGCUGCCGUCGGCCACGGUUGCUACUGCCUGGCUCUGCUCAGGUCUGUGCCAGCUGCAGCCUACAUUUUCCUGAUAACUGUCAUGCGCAACCAUACCUUCAUCUGGACCGUCUUUUCACCUAAAUUAUUGUACGAGGCCAUGCACUUGCUGAUCACUGCCGGCAUCUGUCUCUUCUUCAACACCAUGGAGCAAAGCACGUCAUAGUGCACAUCAAGGUCAAAGGUUAUUAUAUUUUUUCAUAAUCUCCUUCAAACACUCAUAUUACUUUUCCAAAGUAUUUGGAUGGAUGCAUCCGAAGGUCUUGCAAGGUUGCACUGACUUCCUGAGUAGGGAUAAAAGUGAUGUAAAUAUUGUUUUUGAUGAAGAUAUUAAAGGAAAACUGCAUUUUUUUUUAAUUUUGCCCAUCAUCCACAAUCCUUAUGUGAGCCAUGAACAUAUGAUACAGAUAAACAGAUAAAAAGAGACAGCUCAUUACUGCAUGUAAUGGGAAACACAUAUUCCGCCUAUAAAGCCCCCUGAAAAACACUCCAAAAAGCACCAACAACGCUCCAUUUACAUAUAACGUGAUGUGCAUAUUGACCAAGAUACAGUGACAUUGAUAUUAUUAACAUUGUUACACCGCAUUGACACUUCGCCACACCACAACGGCUAGCUACUAUCCGGCUAACAACUAGCUUCACCAAACACUCGCCCGCAGCACAUCAGCGCCGCGCUCACAAUGCCUCAGACCACUACCAAAAAGGUAAGGCUACAUAUUGGACCUGACGCUACUGCAGCUGUGUUUUUAUUUUUGAGUUUGGAGAAGUUAACGCUAGCUGUAGGCGUUCAUUACUAUCAAUGCGCCAAGGAAGGAAGUUCCGGUAAUGCUGAAAAUACGGCAAAAUACUGUCAGUAUUACAUGUUAUCAUGAAUGUACCUGUUACUAUAUGGUUACAGCAUGAAUAUAAAACCAUGUUGGAGGUUUUUGGAGGUGUUUUAAUGAGCGGUCUCUUUUUGUCUCUUUUUGUCUGUUUUUAUAUUUUUAGAACGCACGCAAAAGAGAAAGACGUGUGUUCAUGUCUGACAUAAGGAUUGUGGAUGAUGUGCAAAAUCUUUUUAAAAAGUGCAGUUUUCAAGAUACCAUGAAAUACCACAGGCUGCUCCCACAAGGAAGUUUGCUAAAAUCCACUAAAUCCACCUUUUAUAUUUGAGAUGAAGUAGCAGAAUUUCCGUUAGGGUCAAAUGUGUUUACCUCCUGCUGACCCCACUUUAAAUACAGUAUAUACAGUAUUUUAUAUACAAUGACCUGUACAUUGUCUUUAAAAUAGUCCAGGAAACAUCAUGAAUGGUUUUCUUAAUCGCCCAUGUGUGUUAUUAUUGUUAUUGUUAGAUGUCAUCUAACAACCUCCGCCCUCCCAUCCUCACAACCCUCCAGCAGUCCAUAAAACCCAUGUCUCUGAAUUUUUGAGGUUCAUCUCUGUACUUUUUGGCUAAUUCCAGCCUGACCUUUCCUUGGUCUACCUGUUACUUAUGUUACUUAGUACACCAGUGCUUUCUUUCUUCUUUAAGACAUCACAAAUGGAUGUAGUGGCUAUGACCAAUGUUUGGCCAAUGGUUCUGAUUGAUUUUCCAUCCUCUCUCAGUCUAUGUCCACACGAAUACAGAUUUGUUUAAAAGCAACGCGAAUCACCAUGAUUGUUAUUGUGCCGUCUCCAGAAAUAACAUAACUCUGAUUGGCUAAAAUUGCCUUAACAGUCCAUGGGUGCAGCGCCGCCAUUAGUUUGGCCUGCGCAUGACUUGUGAAUGCGUAUUUGACAAAGAUUUUUUUUUUGGCACCGCAGCGGGGCAAAUGUGGGUUUUUGAAAAUAUCCGUGUUUGUGUGGACAUGGCCUCAGACUCACAAUUGCUUGUCUUUCACCCAUAGACAGCACUCUGAUCAUUUAAUGUCGUUUUCACCUCUAAAUGCAGUCUAAACGAGCAAGACCUACCUUACCCAAUCUGAAAAUGAGCGUAGACAUUCAGUGCUCACCAGGACACACCUGCGCAACCAAGCGCACGUCAGUCACAUGUUCCAAUUUUGCUCACAUGAAAAAUGGGCGGCUUCAAACAAAAGGUGCUAUCUUCAGAGUUGUGUGGUUCGGUUCAGCUGUAAAUACCUGGAAAUAAAAGCUGAAAUGUUUUCAGUCUACAGUAAAAAUAAGGAAAUUGACCUCAGAGUUCCAAUACUUCUGGAGGGCACUGUAUUUUACUCAUUAUUUAGCCAACGUUUUUUGAGUUAAAGUUGAAAAAGAUAGUCAAACUAUCGUGAAUCUCGCUUGUGAAUGUUUAAAUGACAAUUACAGGCAUUCUUUGUUUUAUGUGUUGCAUGCUACAAUGCAUCCCCAUCAAUUAUUAAUACACAAAGUCCCACAAUUGGUUCCAGACGACCGUUCGCAAGUCGAUUUGUUCGUAAGUCCAACAAAAGGUAAUAUUACCAAUGAUAUAGGUACUACAUGUACAUGUAUACAUAUACAGUAUAUGCGUAUGUAUGUAAAUAUGAGUUUGGAUGUAGUAGUAAUAUUAAACAAGGAUAAUUAAUGAAAAAAACAAUAAUAAUAAAAAUGAUAUAAUAAUACGUAAUGAUAAAUGUUAUUUACCUUUGAAGAGGAGUGGUCGAGCAUACGUUGUUGUGGUGGGGGAGGAGUUAUUGAGAAAAGGACAAAUCGUCGUCGUCGUUAGACUCUUCUAAAAGAGGUAGUGUUCUGUGGGUGGUGUAGAAUUAAGCAGGCCUAUUAACUCUUCAUAAACUUUAAUCACACGCUCUGUCUGGGUUGUAUCAUACAGCUACAAUUUAGCUUUGCAUUUCUCCUUUACACUCUCUCCCCACCUUCUUCCUCUACCUGUUGGUCCCAUUAGCAGUGCCACAGUGCCCUCUACUGGUCAAGCAUGUAGCAGUAUAAAUAUUGAGUUACUGCAAGGAAAAAUACAUAAAAAUAUAGCCCAGUCAGCGUGUGUUCGUAUCUCCGAAUGUUCGCAAGUCGGGGACCUAGUGUACUGUACAAAAAAGAAACAGAACUAGUUACUAGUUACAAGAACUAGAAUAAUUUUCUAAUAACUUUCCAUGCUCUUGUGUGUGCUAUUGUACUCUGCUUUUGCUGCUGUAAACCUGAAAUUUCCCCUUGUGGGACUGAAAAAGGCAUAUCUUAUCUUAUCUUAUCUUUCUCUUCAAAACAUAAGGCAGACUUUUCUGAUGGAAACGUGUCAAGGAUAAGGAAAGCCGUCACCAUGGAAGUGAAAUUGGACAUGAUAAAAUGCUCAGAAAAUGGAGAAAUGCCGACAUUGGCAAUGCAAACAUUGGCCCCUUGCUUGGUCUGAGCCGUUCAACUGUCGUGAUCAUCAUGAAGGACCAAAUAGUAUCCUUGAACAUGUGACAGGAUCUGCUCCAAUGAAAUGGACAAUGAUAACUAGGCACUGUAAGACUUCCUCUUCCCAAUAAGCCUGUCUCUCCCUCCCUUACGCCCCUUCCAGUGUGCAAGACAGGCACAGCGAUAAAAGUAAGGAGUUGCUCUCUCUUCUUGUAUUUCAUAUUUUUACUACGGUAUUUUAUUUUAGUACGGUGUUCUGUGUACAGCGUGAGUGACUUAGUUUGAAUUUAGGUUGACGUUCCGACUUACAUUAAAACUUGGCUUACAGCGCCGCCGUAGGAAUGGAACUGGUACUUAGACCGAGGACCUCCUGUCCAAAAAGGAUGAGUCACAAAAAAGUCUUUUUGCAGUUUAGUGGUAGGUGCAAGCAGUAGUUUUUAGGAUGAGUCACAGACAUGUUGGAAAACAUCCGUGCUUUUUGGAACUUUGUUAAACCCACUGAGGUUUCUUCUGACAAAAUCAGGUGAAAGGUUCGGUUUUGAAGCCACAAGGCACAACUUAUCACUUCCAGGCACAAAGAUGAAUUACAUGUUCCCGCCUCAAAACCUGUCACUCAGCUUGAUGAAACUGACUGCCAUGUGACACUUUCUCACCUGCGGCCAAGAUUACUGACAUCUCCCAAGUCACCGCAGGCAGCGCGAAGUCACACACUGAGCCAUAGCUGCUUUUAAAUGUGUUUUUUGCACACAGCUCUUUAUACUUUAUGCUAAUUGAGCCAUUGAGCAAAAAAAGGCUGAUUUGAACACAUACCGUAUAUGCAGCAAAGUUAGAGAGGAUAACACAAAUCCCGCGUAUGUCGACAACCCGUCUGUCGAAUUUCAGAAUGAAAAUAAAAAUUUGCACUAAUGGUGGGAAACCAUGUCAUAUUGUAGACAUGGAGUAAUCCCUCGUUUAUCGUGGUUAAUUGCUUCCAGUCCCGACCGUGAUAAGAUAAGUCGGAUUUCUUAUUUAUAAAUGGAUUAUUAUUAAAGUUACAGCAUAGAAAACCUGUUUACAACCUUCUCAAUACGAUUUUUAAGAUUAUUAGAGCUCUCUAGACAUGAAAUAACACCCCUAUAGUCACCUUUACACUCAUAUUACCAAAUAUAGUAGACACAAUAAGAGAAAAUAUGACUCGUGUGUGUUGCCAUAAAUGUGCUCCCUCGGGGAGGAGAGUGAGUGGCGGACAGGAAGUGACAUUGUGGUUCAAAGUUACGUUUCAGCUUGCAGUCGGUUACUGCCGCAACAGUAGCCCGUGUUUUUGUUCAACAUUUUUAUUAGGGAGUAUUGUGCCUGAUAAUUCAAACCUGCAAUAAAAGCUAGUUUCGGCAAACAAGACUGGUGAUUGUCUUACACUAAAAUGACUGAAACCUAGUGAUGGGUCAAUGUCUUUGAAUGUGUCUUUUGAAUGCCUUAUAGUUGUAUUUUCCUUCAUUUUGUCAUUUUUAUGCUUGGAAAUGCUUGAUUUAGGCAAAACAAUACGUAACAUUUGCUUAAAUGUGCUUUUUUGACUAUAAGGCUGUAUUCAGCCACAAAGCAGCAUGAUUUAUUAAUUAAUAGAUUUUAGAAAAACGUGAUAGAGCGAAGCCGCAAAAUUUGACGCGCAAAGUGGCGAGAGAUGACUGUACUACUAUAUUGGCUAAUAAGAGUAUAACGAUGAUUAGGGGUGUUAUUUCAUGUCUUGAGUGCUCUAAUGUUAAAAAACGUAUUUAGAAGGUCGUAAACAGGUUUUCCAUGCUGUAAGUAUGAAAAUAUUCCAUUUCCAAAUAAGGAUUGCGGAAAUUCACUUAUCACAGUCGGGUCUGUAGCCAAUUAACUGCAAUGUACCGGUAAAUGCAACAAAUACUCCAAAUGUAACUUAUAUAGUUUUUUUCCAUCUUCAUGAAGCAUUUUUUGACUGAUGCAAUUUAUACUCCGGAGCGACUUAUAGUCCGGAAAAUACAGUAAAUGAUCUAUUAAAAAUAGUUUGGGCUUUUGUUUUUCAAGAUGACAUUGAUUUUGCCAUUAAUUAAUUAGUUGUUCAGAACAAAAUUAUGGUUUUACCUACUUGACAUACAUUGUCAGUUAAAGAAGAGUUUUUAAUAAUUAUUUAUCUUGGAACCUGGAACGUGUGUGAGCCCUGGGUCUCCAGGUUCAGCUGUUCAGCUCACGGAGAAGGUAGCUUCAACUUAGUUUCCUUCGUAGUUAAUUUUAUUAUUCCUUCUAGUGCCUCGUGGGUGUCGUUGAAAAGGUGUAAAUGAAAGCAACUUCUGAAGGAAAAGCACUUUGCAUGUGAGUCAUCCUUCACGUCUGACAUCCACAGCCUCUCACUUUGUCUACAAAGAAGCAACCAUGCUAUUUCUGUGAUGAUGCUCCACAUGUUUGAUUUUUACACAGCAUUCUAAAACCAAAAGUUCCAUUCUGCGAUUUACAAGGCGGCUGGAAGCUAAUGUCGAACAGCGGUAAAGUAGAUGAAAAAGGAUAACUUAAAGAGGAAGUCUUUGCAUAAGAAUGUGGGUUUCAUUGUUAUUUUUUUAUUUUUAUUUUUUACCUCAAGCUAUUUUCAGUGGAACCUUGGUUAGCAUCAUUAAUCAUUUCCAGACGAAACCCAAAACCGAACCCAUAAGAAAUCAUGUAAAUUCAAUGCAAUACGUGCAAAAAUGUUAACACGAAACACGCGAUGACGAGCAGCGAUGGAGGAGAAGCGAUAUCCACAUGGAUGACACCUUCAUACUUUGCUACAAGUUAUUUCUUGAAUUUAAUAGUGUUUCUUUUUUUAUUCAUUCAUUAAAAUGCUGGAACUUGCAACUGCCUUUGGCUUCACUUUAGAUUAUUUUGCAGCUGUGAUCAAUAAAAAAAAGCCACAAAAAGACCUGUGGCGUAACUGUGUUCGUUAACAAAGAACUACAAGGUCAACUGGUGAUGACAUCAUAGACGUGCAACAAAGCUGAGACUCAAGGAGGGUGACUCGUAACUGCUGUUUCCCGUAUUGUUUCUGUCGCAACACUGGAGUGACCUCUCCAGGGCGCAAGUCACAGGCCUAGGCGAAGAUUAUGGGGGAUCCCGGGGUGCCUAGUUGUCAGGAUCGCCCUCUUGGCCCCACCCUGCCAGGAUCCAAACGGAAAGAACGAGCCAAUACAGUUGAUGUCAGCACAGAUGUAGGACUUGCCAGAAGGUGUAACAGUGCUCCACCAACCACCUUUGGGAGUGUAGUCUUUCCCAAACAAAUAGUAAACUACAAGGGAGUGGAACUUGAGCAGGGGCUUGAACUCCCUGAGCGGGGGCCUUAACCGGGUAUGAACAGCUGGAGCCAGCUGAACCUGGGUCUCGUGUACGCUGGUUCGACUCUCUGUGAAGUCACCCCAUUGGGCUACCUGCUACCUUGGAGUCUUGAAGGCCUCUGGAACAAAUUAAGUACGCUAACGAAGGUUCUAGUAUAUUUACAUAUUUUGUGUUGUUUUUUUAUACACACUGAAUAGCCACAUUAUGUCCACAUGCAUUGAAAGCUAUUCAUGUAGCAAUCAGAUUAUUAUUGCAGUUUGCGCUUCACUGUGUCAUACUAAACACAAUCAUUUUGGUUGUUUAGUUCCAUGAGAGGAAAACAGGUUUUUGAAAUGUUAAACUCGAUGUGUCAAAGAUGAGCAUUAUUAUCGUUGCAGCUCUUGUUUUGGACCUAUAGUGGCUUCCCGCAUAUUCACGAUUCAGCAUUCACGUCCCCACAAAUUCACUUGAUUUUUGGUAAAAAA